CCGCAGGACGUUUCUGAGAGCUUUGACUCUGCGCUUCUUGUCAAACCCUGACACGGGGGGCGUUCACUGAUGCGUGCACCUUGUUUAUUAAGAUAAUUAAAAGAAGUAAAUGACUUUCGUCGCAACUAGUAUAGACAAGCUAGUGGAACCGGGAGCAGAUAUUAUUCACAUAAUGCAGAAUAAGCUACAGUGUGCGCGUGCGGUAGUAAUUAGAUGGGUUUUAUUUUUAAAGAUCUAGCACGUUUCAUAGCCUAUGCAAGAGCGAGCCUUAUAAUAUGAGUCCCUAGAGUUUAAUUAUUUUAUUAUUUACCAUAAAAACACAGUUACAGAGCAUUCUGCCAGAGAGAACAGCCAAGGUUACUACAGUGGUUCAGCUGGAUAGCUUAAGAAGUUUGCUGAGUCAAAACUAAACUAUAAAUGUUGCCUAACUGGGAAGAAACAAGGCAGUGUGGUGGACUUGAGUCUCACCGCAAAAAAAAAGUGGAGCCUUUAAAUGCCCCUUUUCGUGACUUGGUGGACACAUGGAGGCUUUUGAUUUAGAAAACAGAUGCGCGUUACUAAACUGUGUUUACUAAAAUGCUAAAAAGUCAUUACGCAUUGAAAGGAAAACACAACAGGCCUCAUCUGUGUGUGUGAGAUCCAAAAUUUAUGUACUUUUCCUUGUCCUCGAUAGGGAGCACAUAAUGGGCGCAUGAAACCUGCUAGGGACUUUUCAUGUCAAAGAUGUUGGGUCCCUGUGUCUUGACCCCAUCUGUAACAGAGCUUAGAGUCAGAAGGCAGAAAGUGAUGUCAGAGAUAACUGACCUUUCCCAGUGACAGUGUCAAGGAUGGAGACGGAUGGCUCCACCAGAAGAGAAAACAGUUUUAUUUGCAUGGCUAAUACAAGUGGAUUUGGAAGAAAAGUUUCAGUGAAUUCUCAGGUAGUAAUAAAUGGACUAAUACGCAUUGAGUGACGUUGUCGCUCCUGCUGUGGUGAGCUAACAACCAAAGUUAGCAUAUUCUUAUAACAAACGACAGAGGAUAUUGUUCAGGACCUUAGCCAUCCAAGGGGAUUGAUGCUAACUCUAUCUGAAUCAAUCAAAAGUAGGUUUUAUGGACAAGGUUGUAAAAUUCAAGGACCUUAAUGGAAUUUUAGCCUGAAAACCAAAUACCCCAAUACGUCCAUCUCAGGAGUAUCUCAGUUUGGGUGACACUAAUGGUGAAGAUAAAGCAGGUAGGGAGUACCACAGCAUGCCUCUGAUUCAGUUUCAGACAGGAAUUCUGUUCAUUCGAUCAGCCUGUCAGAAAUGGUGUCAUCAUGCCUGAAUCCACACCAGACCAACAUACAAACAGCUUCACAACUGACACCUGGCAUCAGGACUAACAUCAUUUAACAAGAAAUGAAUGAACCAAUAACCAAAGCGAUAUAUUUUAACUCUAACCUCUUAUCCAGUGAGUACCCUGUGAAGGACCUUCACCGACAAUCCCCUCUAAGGAAUAGUAGUAAUAAGAAAUACGACGAACGUCUCAGUCACAUUACCAAAGAGGAGGUGAAGAUACAGGACCUUGCAAAUGUUACCAGGUCUGAGACAUUUGAAAAGACCAGAGACUGUGCGGACAAUAAAAGGACAGAACGCCGUCAGGUGUGCAACAGUGCAAACUGUACAGCUCCAGUCCCAUUUUAUGAAAAACAGAAGAGAUUGGAUGUAGCAAUGCCUGAAGCUGUUCCUAGUGUUAAAGAAGCCAUGGGGCAGGAAGAGGUCUAUGCAGCACUGGAUUUAAGCCUGCCAAAAAAGAAUGUCAGGGAUAACAAAGACAAGUGUAAAUGGGUUCUAGAUCCUGAAUACCAGAUUUCGUUAAUAAUGGAGGUAGAUGAGAUCAAGGAUGACACCCAGCAUGUAGAAGUGGUGCAAGACGAGGACGAUGAAGAUUAUUGGUCUGACUUGGGACAUGAUCAUAUGAACAACUUUCACUUAGAAAAUUGGGAUCAGUGUCCUUCCGCAUCACAUGUAGCCAUACCAUCUACAUAUGGAUCAGUCAUGUGUCCUGAUCCAAAGGAUACACUUCUCAUAGACGACCAAGGUGUUCCUUACACUCUUACUCCAGACGGUCGAAAAGUUCCCCAGGUCGAUCCUUCCGAAAUGCCAGUGACUGCCACUGAUGAGUCAGGAUCUGCAGAGUCUGACAUUGAGACGCCUUUGGCUUUUCAGGAUGCAGAGCCUGAGCGAGAGUUGUUUCUUCCAGAUUUAAUUUUGGAGGACUCAUCCCCAAGUGUCUCAACAGAAAGCUCACAAGCUGCUACAGUGCUGGAGAAGAAAUCUCCCGAUGAUUCCACUGCUGAGACUGGGUCAACUGCCUUGCCGGCGAUGUCUACUACUCUGCCAUCCCUUCCUAUUCAGAUUAUGGCUAGUAACACUGACUCGAACACUCCCAUCCUCCUUCUCCCACCAUCUCACCUUCAAACACUUACAGCUUCAGCAUCUAACACUAAUACUGAACUUAUGGCUCUGUCACUACCUUUUGCCCUUGCCUCAAACACACAGUCCGCCCCUGUCUUACUUGUUCUUUCAUCUCCUGAAGUGUCCUGUGGAAUUCAGUCUUCCUCAAUUUCAGGACAUUUUUCUUCAAUUUCCUCCCCAGCAUCUGUUGCACCUCCUUCAUCGUCGAGUUCGCCUGGCCCGAAACCGGAAUCUGUCUCCUGUACAACUGCUAUAAAUCUCUCAGGACAAAAUAAAUCCUGUAAUUAUUCUGCUGCCCCUACCUCACCCAUUGCUUCCUCUGGCACUUCCUCUGGGAACUCUUCAAAUCUGGCUAAGCAACUGCAAACUGAUACCUGCUCCGACAUGCCCACUUCGUUCCAGGAGGCACUGCUUAGAUUAGCUGUAUCUGCUGAACAAAAAAAUGAAAAGCGACCCAAAUGCAUCGACAAAUCUCCAGUCUUUAACACGUCAUCUCAUACCGAAGCAACUCAGGCACUAGAGGAACAUUGCAACACUGACCAAGUGUUACCAGUCUCUGAGCCAGAGCCCGUCUCAGUGGACGGAACAGACUCUUUAUUAAGAAUCCCUCCUGAAGACCUUCCACUCCAGUCCUCUACUUCUCCUCCUAGUCCAGGUCCAGACUCACCAAUACUUUCCACCAACCAUUCAAAAAAGCAGGAUCCUCAGGCAUUAGGCCCACGUCGCAUUCUUUACUGCCAGUACUGCCCACGGGUUUUCUACUACCUCUCAGACCUCGAACGCCACUCCAUCACACACUCCCAGAAGAAGCCGCACAUAUGCCAGCUGUGCGGCAAGGCUUUCAAACGCUCCAGCCAUCUGGAGCGGCACAAGCAUAUCCAUACAGGUGAGCGGAACUUCGAGUGCCAGCUUUGCCCACGGCGUUUCCGAGAGGCCGCAGAGCUGACAAGGCACCAGCGGGUACACACAGGUGAAAAGCCUUACCAGUGUCUGUUAUGCCAUAUGCGGUUUGCUGAGCGUAACACUCUGCGGCGGCACACCAAGCGAAAACAUCAGGGUCAGCAACAGGAAGCAAUGAACACAAAAGUAAAGCCAGAAACUGAAGGAGUUUCACUUGUCAGUAUGCACGAGCAACAGGAAGAAAACGCAGAGUGGUACAUCUCAACACUGACUGAGAUGGAGUCUGACAACGACACGGGAGGAGAAUGAAAAACAAAACAUUACAACGAGGCUUCAUUUAUAUAUUUAGUGUUUUUUUUUUUCUUAAAUUAUAUUUGCAAUUUAUUUACUUUUGUAUUUAAAUACUAUUCUGUUCUCAUUAUGUAUGCAGUGACAAUGUCCACUGAAAUCCACUUAAACAGAUUACUAGUUAGGGCAAUACUUUGGCUUUGUUAUUCUUUUACCUCCUAUUUUUUACCCUCAAUACUUUUUAGAAUGUCUUAUUUACACGAGUGCACAUUUCUAACUCUGGUAAAAUGAACCACUUUGCUGUGAAGGUCAAAUAAUCCAAUUUGUUGACUUUUGAUUAACACUUUUCCUGUGAUCAUUUCGAAUGUUUCACAAACAUCAUUACCAAGUAAACGCAUCACAUCACACGAUGCGCCAAGGCACCUUCAGAGGUAUAGAGUAUACCGAGGUGUUCAUUUCAGUUUCCUAUUUUUAUUUAAAAGUUGUACAGAUCCUUUUUGUUUUGUUUUCCUAUUGUGCCUUGAAAUACCUUUCAUCAUUUCAAUCGCUUAUUGCUUUUCAGAAAUAAUGCACACUGUGAAAGUAGAACAUUUAAAAUUUCUCCACAGCCUGUUGUUCUUACUGCUUUCAGUUUGCUGUGAACAUAAGAAGUGUUCUCUGUAUCACUGAUCAUCGCUAGAAGAAGUGUUAGCAAAAUCGUUGCUCAAUCGAAAUUCGGGUUAAUAUGUUACUUUGCGCAGUUUGGUAUAACACGAUAAAUACUAAGAAAUGUAAAUAACAUUUAAAAACGAGUUUCAGUGUGUAUAUAGAUAGAUAGUGAUCGGUCGUUUUAAUUUAAUUUUCAUUUCUUAAUUUGAGUGUGACUCAAUGCACAUCAGCAGAGUAAAUAUACUGUGUAAUAUGUUAAUAUAUUCCCUGUAAAUAACAAAAGAUCAUCCUGGGUCUCAUUGCCCUAGGGUUAAUUUAAAACUCUAUAGCGUGUAUUACGUAUAUAAUUAGCAAUCUGAAUAUUUGCACACUUUAAUUAAAGCAUGCUUGCUGACCCUUCUCACUCACUUUAGUCAUUCUCCUGAUCAGUCGUGCAGGCGGUUUAUUCUGCUUAGGCAUCACUGGACUGCAUGCAAAUAUUCAAAGCGGCUUAGAAAGAGCUGCUAAGGAAUAUUUCCUAAAUGGUUCAAUUUGCGGAUGAACGUACGUUUUCGAAAGGACCGGUUUUGUGUAUUGAACUCGUUAUUCGUUCGAUUUUGCCCAUGGUGCUAUGUAAUACAGAUGUAAUAGUCAUAAGAGGGGGUGUUGUAAGCCUUACAAACUACCAAUAUUAUUUUAAAAAAGAAUAAGCAAAUCGACUUCCUGUAAGUUAAAUGCAGGAACUAAUGUAUUGUGUAUUAUUCAUAUUUACAGGUAUUUGGUAAAACCAAGCACUUCUAUAAAACACAAGCCACUGGGUUAUAUUCGACACAAAUGCAUAAAUAUGAGCAUAUGCCAUAGUCUCUGUCACAGUGUCUCAUAUCUAAAUAAAAUGCCUUAAAAUAAAACUUGUCAUUGACAUUCUUU